AUGAAGUCUCCGCUUGAACUGGCCUUGGGUGGUACUGCCUUAAAGAUAAGUACAUUCUUAGAUAAACUUCCUAAAAUUUACAAUGUUUAUUUCAUUGCUAGUAUUUCCACUAUUGCUGGUAUGAUGUUCGGUUUUGAUAUUUCUUCGAUGUCUGCCUUCAUUGGUACUGAAACCUAUAUGGAUUUCUUCAAUUCUCCAGGUUCUGAUAUCCAAGGUUUUAUUACUUCUUCUAUGGCUUUGGGUUCAUUCUUUGGUUCCAUUGCUUCUUCCUUUAUUUCUGAACCAUUCGGUAGAAGAUUAUCUUUAAUCAUUUGUGCCUUUUUCUGGAUGGUUGGUGCUGCUAUUCAAUCUUCUGUUCAAAAUCGUGCUCAAUUAAUCAUCGGUAGAAUCAUUUCUGGUGUUGGUGUAGGUUUUGGUUCUUCUGUUGCAACUAUUUACGGUGCUGAAUUGGCUCCAAGAAAGAUUAGAGGUUUCAUUGGUGGUAUGUUCCAAUUCUUUGUUACUUUGGGUAUUUUGAUUAUGUUCUACCUUUCUUUUGGUUUAGGUCACAUUAAAGGUGUUGCCUCUUUUAGAAUUGCUUGGGGUCUUCAAAUCGUUCCUGGUCUUAUGUUAUUCAUCGGUUGUUUCUUCAUUCCAGAAUCUCCUCGUUGGUUGGCUAAACAAAACAGAUGGGAACAAGCUGAAUACAUUGUUUCUAGAAUUCAAGCCAAGGGUAACCGUGAAGAUCCAGAUGUUUUGAUUGAAAUUUCUGAAAUUAAAGAUCAAUUGUUAAUCGAAGAAGCUGCUAAGAGUGUUAGUUAUGCUACUUUGUUCCGUAAGAAAUAUUUGCUCAGAACUUUUACUGCUAUUUUUGCUCAAAUUUGGCAACAAUUGACUGGUAUGAAUGUUAUGAUGUACUAUAUUGUCUAUAUUUUCCAAAUGGCUGGUUACAGUGGUAAUGCUAACUUGGUUGCUUCAUCUAUUCAAUAUGUUAUUAACACUGGUGUUACUAUUCCAGCAUUGUUCUUUGUUGAUAGAAUUGGUAGAAGACCAGUUUUGAUUACUGGUGCUGUUUUGAUGAUGACUUUCCAAUUUGGUCUUGCUGGUAUCUUAGGUCAAUACUCCGUUCCAUGGACUGAUUCUGGUAAUGAUUCUGUUAAUAUUCGUAUCCCAGAAGAUAACAAGAGUGCCUCCAAGGGUGCCAUUGCUUGUUGCUACCUUUUCGUUGCUUCCUUCGCUUCUACCUGGGGUCCAACUAUUUGGAUUUACUGUUCUGAAAUCUGGGGUGAUAACAGAGUUGCUCAACGUGGUAACUCUCUUGCCACUGCUGCUAAUUGGAUUUUGAAUUUCGCUAUUGGUAUGUACACUCCAGCUGGUUUCAAGAGUAUUAGUUGGAGAACUUAUAUUAUCUAUGGUGUUAUGUGUUUCACUAUGGCCAUUCAUGUCUACUUUGGAUUCCCAGAAACUAAAGGCAAGAGAUUGGAAGAAAUUGGCCAAAUGUGGGAAGAACAUGUUCCAGCUUGGAAAUCAAGAUCUUGGCAACCACAUGUUCCUAUUGCUUCCGACGCCGAAUUGGCAAGAAAGAUGGAUGUCGAACACAAAGAAGGUGGUUUGAUGAACGAAGAUACCAACUCAGAAGCCAAAGCCGAAUCUGUUUAA